GCUGACCCCGGUCCAGUCCUGCCAAACUUCACCGACACUGGGAACACACGGCGGUCUAUUUGCUACUGUCUGUCAGCGAUGGAGCGGAAAGUAGCUCGGGAAUUUAGGCACAAGGUGGAGUUGCUGAUUGAAAAUGAAGCAGAGAAGGAUUACCUGUAUGAUGUCCUCCGCAUGUAUCACCAGUCGAUGGAUUUGACAGUGCUGGUUGGAGACCUUAAGCUGGUCAUCAAUGAACCAAAGCGCCUGCCCUUGUUUGACGCCAUCCGACCUCUCAUCCCACUCAAACACCAGGUGGAGUACGACCUGCUCACGCCCAAGAGGUCACGGAAGCUGAAAGAGGUGCGUUUGGAUCGGACACAUCGUGAUGGACUGGGUCUGAGUGUCAGAGGUGGGCUGGAGUUUGGCUGUGGUCUCUAUAUAUCACAGAUUGUCAAAGACGGUCAGGCUGGGAAUGUUGGCCUUCAGGUUGGAGAUGAGAUUGUGCGCAUCAAUGGUUACUCCAUCUCCUCCUGCAUCCACGAGGAGGUCAUCAGUCUCAUCAAGACAAAGAAGAUUGUAUCACUCAAAGUCAGGCAUGUGGGGAUGAUCCCAGUGAAAAGCUCAUCAGACGAACCCCUCAAGUGGCAGUUUGUCGACCAGUUUGUGUCUGAGUCAGGGGAGAAAAAAAGCAGUGUUGCAGGCCUGGCGUCCAUUGGAGGCAAAGAAAUCAAGGAGAAGAAGGUUUUCCUCAGCCUGGUGGGCACCAAGGGUAUGGGCAUCAGCAUCUCCAGUGGUCCAACCCAGAAGCCUGGUAUCUACAUCAGUAACGUCAAGCCAGGCUCCCUCUCUGCAGAAGUUGGACUUGAGGUUGGAGACCAGAUUGUGGAGGUGAACGGGGUGGAUUUCACCAAUGCGGACCACAAAGAGGCGGUGAGAGUCCUGAAGAGCAGCAGGAGUCUGACUAUUACUGUUCUCACAGGAGCUGGCAGCGAGCUGUUCAUGACAGAUGAGGAGCGUCUGGCAGUGGAGGCCCGCAGGGAGCUGGAGAGGCAGGAGCUGAUGCACCAGAAGAGGGUGGCACUAGAGACCAACAAAAUCAUUAAAGAGCAGCAGGAGAAGGAGAAGCAGAGGAAGAUGGAGAUCUCUCAGAAGGCUGCGGAGGAAGAGGAGCGCUAUAAAAAAGAGAUGGAGAGAAUUGAGACGAUGGAGAGGAAACACAACAGAGAGUGGGAGGAGGACUGGGGAGCCAAAGACAGGCCCAAGAGCCCUAAGAGCCCCCGCACUCCAAAGAGCCUAUCACCCGCCCCACCUGAGACAAAACCCCACAAGGCCAAGAGUUCUCCAUUUGGCUGGUUUUACCGAUAUGAGGGGAAACUGCCAUCAAUUCGCAAGAAAGGAGAAAAGAAGAAGAAAAAGAAGAAAGUGUCCAACACGGACACACUGCAGGAGCAGAGAAAGAGCAAAAAGGAGAUGGAGUUUGAGCUGAAACUCGCCAAAGAGAAGGAAGAGAUGUAUGAGCGGGAGAAGCAGCUAAAGAUCAAUCGGCUGGUUCAGGAGGUCUCAGAGACGGAGAGAGAAGACCUCGAGGAGUCUGAGAAAGUGCAACACUGGGUGGAGCGUCUUUGUCAGACUCGGUUGGAGCAGAUAUCCUGUGUGGAGAAUGAAUCCCCAGAGCCUCCGGAAAUGCUGAAACGGAUGGUUCCUUUCAACUCAUCUUUUAAAUCAAACAACAAACGACAAGGAUUUCAGAAAUACGAGGAAGAUUUUGAUCCAUACUCCAUGUUCUCCGCGGACCAGAUAGGUGGCCGAGAUGUGAGACUGCUGAGAAUCAAAAAGACUGGACAGCUUGACCUCGCUCUGGAGGGAGGUGCAGAUUCUCCAUUGGGAAAGCUGGUGAUAUCCUCUGUGUAUGAAGGUGGCGCUGCAGAUAAGCACGGUGGCAUCGUGCCCGGGGAUGAACUUAUGGCCGUGAAUGGGAAGAUCCUGAUCGAUGCCACGUUGACUGAGGGACAAAACUCUCUGGCUCGGGCCUGGCAUAGUGGAGGGGACUGGAUCGAUGUUGUGAUCGCUAUUUCCCCUCCGAAAGAAUAUGAAGAUGAAGUAACGUUCUUCUAGUCUCAUCAACAGCCUGCCAAGAAAACCACACUCAUUAAAAAGAAGAUUUUCAUUGCUGAUGAUGCCUUCAAGAUUCACACUGAAGCUGGUCUUUUGUUUUUACUCAAGGCUCUUUGACAAUUAAGCCUUGUCUCAUGUAUCAAGAUAUUGACGCCAUCCAUACAGCCAGUGCACAUCCUUGUUGUCUUGUCUUGUUAAAGGAUGAUCCAAUCAAUGUUGGGUUGUCCUCAGUAAUCUUCUUCACCUCUAUCAAGCCUGUACAUGGUUAAACUCAUUUAGCUUCGAACCACUAGAUUCACCAUGCUAAUUGUACCCUUCAGACGUGUCUCAUCUGUCAGUGUAACAAUAAAGGGUGAGGUGAAACAGGCAAGCUGUAAUCACAGCAUCUCUCUAAUCUGCCUUUUGUCAAAGCCCAAUAACGGACUGCUCACACCCACAGAAUUGACUUUUUGUUGUGCAUACAGAUUUCCUACACCCUCGUGCUUUGCUUUUUUCCAGCAUUACAUUACCAGGCUGGUGUUACGGUGGCAAAUAUAAAGUCUGGUUAAUGAUUUUCAUUGGGCAAACAGCGAACACUGUCAGCACUAAGUGGUAUUUUCAGGAAGAAGAGAGAGAAGAAGUUUUUUUUCUAUAGCAGUUUACAAAGCAAAACAUGAAUUAUACAUUAUGGUAAAGUAAUUUCUCCUGCUGUUUAACUUUUUUCCACAAUUUAUGACCUCUGUAGAACAUUUUGGGAGAGAUUAACUGUACAUAUAAGCACCAUACUGUAUGUCGGGGAGACUUGAGGAGGGAUUGAAAUAAAUAGAAUAGCAGUCAA